GUACCUACCAUGGAGAUUCCGACCUGCAGCUGGAGCGCAUCAAUGUGUACUUCAACGAGGCGACAGGCGGACGUUACGUUCCUCGUGCGAUCCUGAUGGAUCUUGAGCCAGGAACCAUGGACUCCGUCCGAGCCGGCCCUUUCGGCCAGCUGUUCCGCCCGGACAACUUUGUCUUUGGGCAGACAGGAGCUGGCAACAACUGGGCUAAGGGUCACUACACUGAGGGUGCAGAGCUCAUUGACUCUGUGCUUGACGUCGUGCGCAAGGAGGCCGAAGGCUGCGACUGCCUUCAGGGCUUCCAGCUCUGCCACUCUCUGGGUGGCGGCACUGGCGCCGGCAUGGGAACCCUGCUGAUCUCGAAGGUGCGCGAGGAGUAUCCUGAUCGCAUCAUGGAGACGUUCUCCGUGAUUCCGUCUCCCAAGGUGUCCGACACUGUGGUGGAGCCGUACAACGCUGUCCUCAGCUUCCACCAGCUUGUGGAGAAUUCCGACGAGUCUUUCCUGCUGGAUAAUGAAGCGCUCUACGACAUUUGUUUCCGCACAUUGAAGCUGACGACCCCAACCUACGGCGAUCUAAACCACUUGGUCUCUGCGGCCAUGAGUGGCGUGACCUGCUGCCUCCGUUUCCCGGGACAGUUGAACUGCGAUCUUCGCAAGAUCGCCGUGAACCUGGUGCCUUUCCCGCGCUUGCACUUCUUCAUGACGGGCUUCGCACCACUGACUUCCCGUGGAUCGCAGCAGUACCGCGCCCUGACGGUUCCCGAGCUGACGCAACAAAUGUUCGAUGCCAAGAACAUGAUGUGCGCAGCAGAUCCGCGCCACGGACGCUACCUCACGGCAGCGGCGCUCUUCCGCGGCCGCAUGUCCACCAAGGAGGUGGAUGAGCAGAUGUUGAACGUCCAAAACAAGAACUCCUCUUACUUUGUGGAGUGGAUCCCCAACAACAUCAAGGCCUCUGUGUGCGACAUCCCUCCCAAAGGUCUCAAGAUGGCCGUCGCAUUUGCGGGAAAUUCGACCGCCAUCCAGGAGAUGUUCAAGAGGGUGGCUGAGUACUUCACGGCCAUGUUCCGCCGCAAAGCCUUCCUGCACUGGUACACUGGCGAAGGCAUGGAUGAGAUGGAGUUCACCGAGGCGGAGUCGAACAUGAACGACCUGGUGUCCGAGUACCAGCAGUACCAGGAUGCCACUGCGGAGGAGGAAGGCGAGUUUGACGAGGAGGAGGGCGAGUACGACGGAUGA